AUGAAAUUUGGUACGCAGUUCGAGACUGAGACGAACUCCUCAAUGUUGGUCGAGGAUGCAAUGCCAGUGGCGAACCAAGAAUCACAUUACGAGAGCAGAAGGAACGCAUGUUUUGACGCGGGUGGUUCGUCUUCAUUAACUUCCGUAAUGGGGAGCUACGGGUCCACGAGCGACUUGGAAGUGAUCGAGGACGUUGCCAUUUCAGGUGAAGAACCACAGGAAAUAGAGACGCAGCACCUCCACAUGGAGGAAGACACCUUUCUUGUCGGACGGAACAGUGCAACAUCUUCUACCGCGCCCACAAACUACUACAAUCAACAUGGUAGAGGCAGUACUAGAGUAUCUCCUGGGCGAGGGGGAGCCGCUUCUUCGACAGCUUUCAUAUCGCCGGCAGUGACCUCAUCACAGAUGGGCCGCGAAUCGUCGAUCACGUCUGAGCGAUUGAGUGCCUCCUCGCAAAGCAGCGUGAUAGUACAGGUCGGAGUGAGUGCAGCAUCUUCCUCUUCCAGUAGGUUAGGUCCUCGCGAGUCAGAAGUUGUGGAGCUUCCUCAAGCGUCUCUAGGUAGUGGCACUCUUCAGACCGACCCCAAUUCAGAUACGCUGUUCCCUGAUAUUCGCGUGCAGCGUGUCUCUGAGGAGAGCUGCCCUCCCGGGCGCUCUAGCGGACUUGGUCGGAACAGUACAUCACAGGCUCAUGGACAGAUUCUUCCUACUUCUAGUUCUGCAACUUCAACACCAGGAGGAGAGCACCCAUCCAGCGCUGAUCUGGCGCAAAGUGCGCGCGACAAAUUGCAACUUCUUCGUCGUCACUCCUCGUCCUCGUCUUCGUCCUGUGCAGACCAUUUGAACCAGCAACUGAGCUCCUCGCCACUGACUUUUUCACCAGUCGUUGCGGCGACUGGCAACAGCCUUACCACUCCAUCUCUCUCUACACCAGGCGCUGCAGAUAAUUUUUCUCAACACUUGAAUACGGGCCACCCUUCUCCUUCUUCAUCUUCGACUGUGGUGAAGCUCCCUAACGCUGCGACGCCGCCCUUCCAGGGGAUAAGUUUGAGCCACGAAGAGCAUCGGCAAUUUUCGGGUGAGGGAGACGCAAGCACCGAAGCAAGCCUUGAGUCAAGUACUAACAAUAUGGGAUCAAACAAGUACGCACCAGGCCCACGACUUAGCUUGCUGCGGAGCCGCAUUCGGAAUCGAAAUUCCAAAACAAGCCUGCAUCUUCCAGCUGUCGUGGAGGGACAGCAAACUUCUGGCGUGGAUCAUGUAGCUGGUAUGAAAUUGAAAACAUCAAGCGAGGCAGAACAAGUACAAUUAUCCCAGGUACAGCAACAAUUAUCUUCCUCUCACUUGCAACAUCUUCGACCGGCUGGCGGCAGAAUGAGUACGCGGUAUACUGCUGCAGCUGGAACAACAGGUGGAGGUGGAGCGUCAAACCUCCAACAUGCUGCGAAUCAUCAUGGAGCGAAUGCCAUGUAUGCAUCGCUUUACCACUCAGGAGGGACUUCGUCAGGCGCCACUUUAUCGCAUUUACCAGGAGCCUCCUCUCCGAGUGCAGACAUCGCGGCCGCAGCGCGUGAGCGUCUCUGGGAGCCACUGUCGGGUAUCGAAGCAAGAACAGUAUCUGAGGAGAUCAUUACCUGUGAGGAUCAUAGUACGAUGAUGCAUCAAGCGUCCAAAGUUACAAAGCCGACAAGAAUCCCCGGGUCAACGGCAGCUGGUUUGAGUGAAAGCGGUGUCCAACAAAAUCAUAGUACAGUGGGAAUAGCGGGUGCAGGAGGCGGCUUUGCGGAGCAUGAAUAUCAUGAGCCGUAUUUUCGUAGACAUGAUCCAUCGUCGCGUUCGCAAUCUCUCAAUAGCCAGGCAGCGAUUGGUGGAGGCGGUCAUCAAAUGUUGGAAGCACACCAUCAGCCCGGAGGCGAUUUAGAUUUGGUGCCAUUAUUCGCGCAAGAUUCAAGUCGCAAGGUGAGAAAACUGAGUAUUUCGUCACCAGCUGACGGCGAGGUCGGGGCCGGUCGUUACUCUACCGAUAAGCUCGCACUCCUCAAGAAGAAAAUCAAGAUGCCACGCUGA